CCCACGAACCAUGGAUGCCACACAGCUGACGGAACUGAUGAGCAGCCAUGACUUCAUGCAGCUUCAGCAGCAGUUGCAUCACAAUAAUAACAACUACAAUACAGAUGGACACAACGGCUUGUCCCCAGAGUCGGCGGAGAGAAGUUCCCGGCCCGUAAGACGUGCCACAAGACGCACCUCACAGUUAAGCAAUAAUACUUAUGAUCUGGAGAUGACAGAUUCCAGUUCGCAGAGCGACGAUACGAGCGGUGGGGGCGGCAGCAGCAAUGGAGGUGGCAGCAGCACCAACAAUCCUCAGGGUCAUUCCCAGGGAAAUCAACGGCCCUCGAGUAGAGGUCGUGGACAGCAGAGCAACGGCGGGUGUCCGUCGAGUCUCACUCCGAACAGUGCCAAUUCCAGUUCUUCGAAUUCGAACGCCAAUCGACGUCGUAAGGGAGCGCUGAAUGCCAAGGAGCGGAAUCUCAGGCGUUUGGAGUCCAACGAGCGGGAGCGCAUGCGAAUGCACAGCCUGAACGAUGCGUUUCAAUCGCUGCGCGAGGUCAUUCCUCACGUGGAGAUGGAGCGGCGGCUGUCCAAGAUUGAGACACUGACGCUGGCCAAGAACUACAUUAUCAAUCUGACGCACAUCAUACUCUCGAAGCGAAACGAGGAGGCAGCUGCAAUGGAGCUGAAUGGCGGUGCCGUUGGUGGUGUCCUGCUUUCCAGCCUCACCGCGGACACCAGUGUUGGCACGAAUGGUGCAUCGGCCAAUGCCACGGCUGCACUUUGCUUUGAGGAUGCUCUGGCCAAUGGUGGGGCCUACGAUUGUGCUCUUUUGGCCGCUGCCGAUGGCACUCUGCUGAAUGCAGCUGCCGUUUCGGCCAAUCCAGCGAUGCAGAGUCUCCAGACCCAGGCGAUGCACAUGCAGCAGACACAGUUGGAGCCAACAUCCCAUCAUCCACAACAGCAGCAGCAGCAGCAACAGCAGCAUCACCAUCAACAGCAGCAGACGAUGCAUGGUCAUGGCCACAUGGGAGCCACAAUGAUGCUGACCCAACAGCAGCAGCAGCAACAGCCCCAACAGCAGCAGCCGACACUCAUCCUGAAUGGCUCCACCACGGUGAAUGUGGGAGUUGGCGUCGGAGUUGGCGUGGGCGUCGGUGGGGGGGUUGGAAUUAAUGUCGGAGUGGGCGUUGGGGUGGUGUCCGGCGUCGGCGUCGGUGUGGGUAACAAUUCCGGAAACUUUACAGAUGUUAAUGAUAAUUUCGAUGAACCAUUUCGAGAGUUUCUCUAAGUUGGCGGUUGAUCUAUGGAGUAUGGAGAUAAUAAAUAUAGAAUUUAUAGAAUUUAGAGAGCAGGAAAAGGCAAAGAAAUUUUUUUCCAUUGACAGAAAUGUAGCUUAAGGUGUUAUUUUACUUGAACGUAAACGAUAUUUUGUCAUAGAAACAGUAAAACUUAGAUUUUGGCAGGCAGUACCUUGCUUUUCUGAACAAUACCUAUAUUCUGGAUACACUAUGAAAGAUUCCACCUUUCAAGCAUAACUGUAUAUCAAGCUGUUCCUUCAUCUACCCAGAAUUUGUCUUUUAUCUCUUUUAAACCUAAGCACAACUGUACUUU